UUGUGUUGUUUAUGAUUUUGAUGAACUAAAACACUUAAAGGGAUAGAAUAAAGUACAGCUGUACAGCUUUUUAGGAUAAAUUUGUUCAUUUGCAAACAUGUCAUUUGUUCUUAUUUAGAUGACGGGAUGAAAAGAUCGCGACAGUUUACUUUAAAUGUUGUUCUUGCACCGUACACGUUCACAUUAAAGCGAGCACUAUUAAAUGCACAAUGUCCGAGCCCACGACCCCAGGAAAGAAGGGCAACUUGACCGGAAGUGCCAGAAAAUUAAAGGACAACGCCGCAGAUUGGCAUAAUCUCAUCCUGAAAUGGGAGCGAUUAAAUGAAGAGGGAUCCACGACCGCGACUAAAAUCGUUAAUCUGGGAUUAAGCAAAAAAUCAGAUACUGAGCCUGAUGUUGUGAUGGAAGGAAGCAGUUUGGCAGCUGGAGACUUUUCAGACAAUCUGAAACGGAGCAACCAAGAGCUGGAGGAAGAAUGUGUGAAGUUACGGGAGGUUGUGGAUAAAAUGGCAAACAUACUGUCAAAGAUGGAGAAGAUGGUCCAUGCCGAGAGUGGAAUCUGUGAACUGGAAGCGUUUCAGUACGGAGAGAAAGGAAGAGCAGCACCACUCUUUCACACAUGGUCCACUCAACAGUUUGACUCAAUUUAUCAGAUUUCCCAUAUUGCUCACGAUUGCACAGAGUGAAAGAACUUAUGGACAGAAACGGCGUGAGCAUUGAGGAGGUCAUAUCUGAACUGGGGAAUGGCAUCGCUGCCUUACAGUCUGAUGAUUUAGCGAGACGUAUGUAUGAUCUUUCCUGCCUUGAAGAGGACAGGGGGACAUCGAGCUAUGAGAACAAUCAACCGCACACACACGCCAGUCAUCAGCACACUGCAAACACUGACUGACCCACUACAUGGCCAUAUGCAACAUGCAGCCACACAUGAGUCAAACUUUACCCGGCACACAGUGUCAAAUGCACUCGCUAAUAUACCAUCAUCUGUGUUUAUAAAAAUGUGAAACUUCUUGUGCAAAAUGUUUACAAUAAAAAGAACGAAACAAUACCAUUUUAUUGGUAACGA